CUCUUCUAAACAUUGUUUAAGCACUGAGUAGCACACGAAAAAAACUCCAGGUGGACAUUUCCCAUGCUAAACUUCACACACUCCUGGAUUUAGCCAUCUUAUACAUGUUAGAACACUGUUGUGUUUCACCUCUGAAACAUUACUUUGGUAUUACUACAAUGAAAUUAAGCUGGUGUUACCUCUUGGCUGCAUGCUUUGUCAGUUUGUCGUUUGCAAUGUACUUCGAUUUGGUGGACCAGAGGGAAAAGUGUAUCAUUGAGGAGAUUCCAGAGGAUGUUCUUGUCACAGGUUAUUUCUUUGUAGAGCACUGGGACGAAAAAAAGCAAGACAAUUCUCCACACCUUGGUGUAACUGUCACUGUCAGAGACCCUAACAAUGAGGUAUUGCUGAUGAAACGCUUUGGCCGAUAUGGGAAAUUCACCUUCACGUCUCAUGCUUCUGGUCAACAUUUCCUGUGUGUGAAAUCAAACUCCACCAGAUUCUCUGCGUUCGCAGGUGAACGACUGAAAGUGCAUCUAGACGUCCAGAUGGGAGAGCAUACCAUUGAUCCCAGCGCUGAGAAGGCAAAAGAAACAUUUAAAACCAUGGAGUACAGAAUGCAACACCUCAUCGACCAGAUGCAGUACAUCAGCAAGCAGCAAGACUUCCAACGAGAACGUGAGGAACUGUUUCGUGAGAUGAGUGAAACCACAAAUGGAAGUGUUCUGUGGUGGGCACUUAUCCAGACUUCAAUACUGCUCACCGUUGGAUUCUGGCAAAUGAGAAACUUAAAAAACUUUCUGAUUGAAAAGAAGUUGGUUUAACUGCUGAACUCAAUUAAGCUAACCAUCCUGUUAACAUCCAUGACUUAAGCCUGCCUGGUGUUAAUGCUGUUAGCGCGAUUGGUUACAUUCAUUACUAUUGUGUUCAAAUGUGCAUUGACUUAACUGAUUAAUAAAGUCGUGUUACUACA